GGGAAAGUCUCAACUGCAGAGAAGGAGCGAAGGGGCCGUGAGGUCCAUCCCAUUUUUAGUGAUAUUGCCAGCGAGGACAGUAAAGGGAGGACAAAUUAACCAAACGCAGCGUAAGUGACGACACAUCUGACCGCGGAGCGGGGACUAUAACUUUUUUUCGAGAGAGGAUGUCAACUUCAGACGAGGCAGACGGGCUGCGGCCGAGAUAUGGAUCGGUUCUGGAUGGCGUGGAGCGGCUCACAGCAGAGGAGAUGGACGAGAGGCGGCAGCAGAAUAUGGCCUAUGAGUACCUGUGUCACUUGGAAGAGGCCAAGAGAUGGAUGCAGGCAUGUCUAGAUGAGGAGCUCCCGCCCACCACAGAACUGGAGGAGGGACUAAGGAACGGUGUUUAUCUGGCCAAACUGGGCAACUUCUUUGCUCCACACACAGUCUCCCUGAAGAAGAUCUACGACCGUGAGCAGACCCGUUACAAGGCGACGGGUCUCCAUUUCAGACACACAGACAAUGUUAUUCAGUGGCUUAAUGCCAUGACAGAGAAGGGCCUGCCAAAGAUCUUCUACCCAGAGACUACAGAUAUCUACGAUAGAAAGAACAUGCCUCGCUGCAUCUAUUGUAUACAUGCUCUCAGCCUCUACCUGUUUAAGCUGGGCCUGGCACCGCAGAUCCAGGAUCUCUAUGGCAAAGUAGAUUUCACAGAGGAGGAGAUCAACAACAUGAAGAGUGAGCUGGAAAAGUAUGGAAUCCAGAUGCCCGCCUUCAGCAAGAUUGGCGGGAUCUUGGCCAAUGAGCUCUCGGUGGAUGAAGCUGCAUUGCAUGCUGCUGUGAUAGCCAUUAAUGAAGCCAUCGAUCAGCGUGUACCUGAGGGUACCUUGGCUGCCAUGAAUAACCCCAACGCUAUGCUGGUCAACCUUGACCCCAGCUCCGGCCAGCACUACCAGGACAUGCUCGACCACGCCAAGGGGGAGAAGGUGGCCAACUCACGCAAGCGGCUGGGGGAGAAUGCAGAUGCAGAGAGAGAUGUUUAUGAGGAGCUUCUCACACAAGCGGAGAUACAGGGGAACGUCAACAAGGUCAACUUGAGGAAUGCCCUUAGUGCAGCAGAGCAGGCCCUGCUCGGUGGGGACGAGGACAAGCUAUUUGACGCGCUGAAGGCGAUGGGCCUUAAGAACCUGCAAACGCAGAACAAGGGCUGGUACCUCAAACAACUGCUGGCUGACCGAGAGAAUAAUGAACAGACCUCUCAAGGAGAAGCCCUGAUGAAGGACAAGUUACAGAAUGGGGUGGAUGUGGCCAAUCACAUUGCAGAAGACUACCUGAAGAUGCUGCAGGCGGUAGAGCGUAUCAAUGCGGCCAUCCGGGCAGGUGUAGCAGAGAAGACGGUGGAGGAGCUGAUGAAGCCCGAGGCCCAGUUGCCUGAGGUUUACCCAAGCGCUGCAGACCUCUACCAGAGAGAGCUUGUCAGCCUGCAGCAGCAAAGCUCUGAGGGUUCGCUAUCCCACCCUGAGCUGCUGGUUGCUGUGGAGAUGCUGUCGUCAGUGGUGCUGAUGAACGCAGCGAUGGAUGUUGGGGACAGAGCCGCCCUCUGGAAACAACUGUCCAGCUCCGUCACUGGACUCAGCAACGUGGAGGACGAGUAUGCGCAGAGGUACAUGGACGAGCUGAUGAGGCUGAAGGCAGCAGCCAGAGAAGAAGGCAGUGAUUACCUGACCUGGAAUGACAUCCAGGCUUGUGUUGACCAGGUCAACCUGACAGUGCAGGAAGAGCACGAACGUAUUGCUGCUAUAGGUCAGAUAAAUGAGGCGCUGGAUGAAGGGGAUCCUCAGAGGACGCUGGCGAUGCUCCAGCACCCCUCAGCUAAACUCACUGACGUGGACCCAUCUGUGGCCCAGCACUACUACGACAAGCUCCUGGAGGCCCGCAGAGAAAAGGCUCAUGAAACUCAGGACCCGUCUGCCGUCUUGUGGUUGGAUGAGAUCCAGGAUGCUAUACUCAUGGCCAACAAGGACACACAGGAGGCCUUACAGUUCUCUCAGGCCAUCCAGGCCAUAAAUGAGGCAGUGGACAAUGGCGACACCUCCCAUACCCUGGCUGCGCUGCGUAAUCCCGGUGCAGGAUUGUAUGGAGUCACUCCUGAGUGUGCCCAGACCUAUCAGGAUGACCUGGUCAAGAUCAAAGCUGAGAAAAAGAAAGAGGGGGAUAAUGGCAGUGAUUGGAUGAGACACUGGGUGAAGGGAGGACACAAGUAUUACUACAACAUGAAGACAGGGGAGGGAACUUGGGUGGAGCCAGAAGGCUUUGACCAAAAUAACACCCAGCUCAACAAAGAAGACAUCCAGUCUGUGGUGUCUGGGGUAACCACAGCUUAUAACCGGAAGCAGCUGUGGCUGGCCAAUGAGAGCCUGAUUGCUAAACUGCAAGCUCGUUGCCGUGGCUACCUGGUGCGGAAUGGCUUGAAGGAGCGGAUGAACUUCCUCAAGUCCCAGGAGCCGGCGGUUAAACGCAUACAGGCCCACUGGAAAGGCCACAAGCAGAGGAAGAACUUCAAAGACCGUAAGCAGUACCUCAGAGACCACACUGAUGAAGCAAUCAAGAUCCAAUCGAUGGUUCGGAUGCACCAAGCCCGCAAGAAAUACAGAGACCGCCUGAAGUACUUUAAAGAUCAUAUCAAUGAUGUGGUAAAGAUUCAGGCUUUCAUUCGAGCCAACAAGGCCAGGGAUGACUACAAGACCCUGAUCAAUGCUGACAACCCUCCAAUGGGGGUGGUGAGGAAGUUUGUCCACCUUCUUGACCACAGCGACCAGGACUUCCAGGAAGAGCUGGACUUGAUGAGACUCCGGGAGGAAGUGGUGACCAACAUUCGCUCCAACCAGCAGCUGGAGAAUGACCUGAAUCUGAUGGACAUCAAGAUUGGACUUCUGGUCAAAAACAAGAUCACACUACAGGAGGUAGUGUCUCACAGCAAGAAGCUGACCAAGAAGAAUAAGGGCCAGCUUUCCAAUCUAAUGAUGAUGAACAAGCAGAGGGGAGGAUUGAAGGCUCUCAGCAAAGAGAAGAGGCUCAAACUAGAGGCCUACCAGUACCUUUUCUACCUCUUACAGACCAACCCCACAUAUCUGGCUAAGCUGAUUUUCCAGAUGCCCCAGAAUAAAUCCACCAAGUUCAUGGACUCUGUUAUCUUCACCCUUUGCAACUACGCGUCCAACCAGAGAGAGGAGUAUCUGCUGCUGAAGCUCUUUAAAACUGCCCUGCAGGAGGAGAUAAAAUCCAAAGUAGACAAGAUCCAUGAGAUCAUAACAGGAAACCCAACGGUCAUCAAGAUGGUGGUGAGUUUCAACCGUGGCGCGCGGGGCCAGAAUGCACUGCGGCAGAUCUUGGCGCCGGUCGUAAAGGAGAUCAUGGACGACAAAACACUGAACAUCAAGACAGAUCCCGUGGACAUCUACAAGAGUUGGGUCAAUCAGAUGGAGACGCAGACCGGAGAGGCCAGUAAGCUGCCUUAUGACGUGACCCCAGAGCAGGCCAUGUCCCAUGAGGAGGUCAGAACCAGACUGGAAGCAUCCAUCAAGGACAUGCGGACAGUCACAGACAAGUUUCUGUCCGCCAUUGUUGUUUCGGUGGAUAAGAUUCCGUAUGGAAUGCGUUUCAUUGCAAAGGUACUGAAUGACACUCUCCAUGAGAAGUUCCCAGACGCUACAGAGGAUGAGCUGCUAAAGAUUGUGGGCAACCUCUUGUAUUACCGUUAUAUGAACCCUGCCAUCGUGGCGCCGGAUGCCUUUGAUAUCAUUGAGCUGUCGGCUGGAGGUCAACUGACCAUGGACCAGCGACGAAACCUGGGCUCCAUUGCCAAGAUGCUACAGCACGCCGCCUCCAACAAGAUGUUCCUGGGAGAUAACGCCCACCUCAACCCCAUCAAUGAAUACCUCAGCACCUCCUAUCAGAAGUUCAGGCGUUUCUUUCUUGCAGCAUGCGAUGUUCCCUCUCUGGAAGACAAAUUUAACGUGGACCAGUACUCUGACCUGGUCACACUCACAAAACCUGUAAUCUACAUUUCCAUAGGAGAGAUCAUCAACACUCACACAUUGCUAUUGGACCAUCAGGAUGCCAUAGCACCAGAGCACAAUGACCCCAUCCAUGAAUUACUUGAGGAUCUAGGAGAAGUGCCCACUGUGGAGGCCCUCAUCGGUGAAAAUCCCCUCCCCCCUGAUGAUCCCAACAAGGAGCAAAUGGGGAAGACGGAGGUGUCCCUCACGCUCACCAACAAAUUUGAUGUCCCUGGUGAAGCCAAUGCUGAAAUGGAUGCCCGGACCCUCCUGCUCAACACCAAAAGGCUAAUAGUGGAUGUGAUCCGGUUCCAGCCUGGUGAGACCCUGACUGAGAUCCUGGAGUCUAUGGCAAGCCCAGAGCAGGAAGUAGAGUAUCAGCGUGCGAUGCAGAGGAGGGCGAUCCGGGAUGCUAAGACUCCAGAGAAGAUGAAGCAGUCUAAACCUGUGGUGGAUGACAGUCUGACACUGCAGGGGAAGAAAGACAAGAUCCUCAGUAACCUGCAGAGACUAGCAGAGCUGGGAAAGGUCCAGCCUGAGAACCGCUACCAAGACCUCAUCAAUGACAUAGCAAAGGACAUCAGAAAUCAGCGACGGUAUCGUCAGCGCAGGAAAGCAGAGCUGGUGAAGCUGCAGCAGACCAACUCUGCUCUCAACUCCAAGACCAACUUUUAUAAUGUGCAGAUUGAUUACUACAAUCAGUACAUCAAGACAUGCAUGGACAACCUGGCCAGCAAGGGCAAGUUGUCAAAGAAACCAGGUGACAACAAGGCCAAGAAGAGUAAGCAGGUGUCACAGAAAUACACGGCUGCCCGACUCCAUGAGAAGGGUGUGCUGAUCGAAAUAGAGGACCUGCAGACCAACCAGUUCAAGAAUGUUAUCUUUGAGAUCUCGCCAUCAGAGACCGUCGGAGUAUUUGAUGUGAAGGCCAAGGUCAUGGGUGUACACUUGGAGACAUUACAAUUAGAAUAUCAGGAUCUCCUCCAACUCCAGUAUGAAGGCGUGGCUGUGAUGAAACUCUUUGACAGGGCCACCAUCAACGUCAACCUGCUCAUCUUCUUGCUCAACAAGAAAUUCUAUGGAAAAUAGAAGGAGAAGGGCGAGUGGGUCCACAGACUGAUUAUGAAAAAAAAAAACCCAAAACACGCAACAGCCACCGACAGAUUUGCUGAAAGCUCCGCCUGUCACCAUCCCACUUGUCCCCAUACUCACCCCUCUGCACUUGUCUGAUGUGCCAAUGCAAAUAUUAUGUGCACUAUUUUUUUUUUUUUUUUAAUCAUGUGCAACUUCUUAUGUGCUUUACUUUUCAUAGAAAUGUCUGUGCAUGCCAGAUGCAGUCUGCUGCAGUCUAUUGCUUAUUGUCUUCUCUGGUCCUGCAAGUCGGUCAAAGGUUUAAAACUUGUUUUAUUUUUGCUUAGAAUAUUACACAUAUUUUACACAUGGGUUUCAGUUCCUUGUAAAAUGUAUGUUUUAUGUAAAGAAAUUCUUAAUAUUUCUUUUUUACCUUUUAGUUCCGCUGCAAACCAGACUUAAGCACAGACAUCUGGAUUUCUUUCAGUUGUACCAAAGUGCUGUAGUACUUCACUCCGAGGUUGUAUUGGCCUUAUCCUAGGCUUGAGCCUCCACGUCUUUGUUUUGACUUUUGAUAUUUUCGUAUAUCUUGGCUAGGAACUUGUAUCUCAGCCCAGGACCAAUGCAAAUGAAAUCUCAAAGAACUAUAAAACUCAAAUGAGCCCCCCCCCCCCCUGCAUAUUGUGUCCCAUGCUGGAAACAGCCGAAUAUCAUAUUUAUAAAUGUUUAUGCAAAAUGUUUCCUACCAUUUUAGUUCAGAGAAGAUCUUUUCUCAGUUUUUUGCAUUUUACAGUCCACCCCAUCAUUCGGAGUCGGUUCAUGAUCUUGGUUUUUUUUGGGUUUUUUUUUUUUGUUGUUUGUUUCUGUCUUGGACUUGGUGGAAGUUGUCAUGACUACGGCCCUGCUACAUUCCCCAUCCACCAGGGGACAUCACUCCCACCUUUUACGACUGGACUUGCUCUGACACUCUGAUAAGAGUAGAGAACCUCCAUGCACUUGUACUUAGGGCACACAAGGAUGUGCAAGUGUGCUGAUUUCAUUUGCUUUCUCAACUGUAAAGACAGGAUUUCUUUUUUAUUUUCGCGUUUGUCCUGUAUAAUUGAAACACAGAAGGAAUUCAGACAGUUUAGUAAGCACAGUGCAAGUUCACACUAUAAUUCUACUAUUCUAAGCCAUAGGAUAGGAUUUACUGGAAGUCUUAAAAUAAAUACUGAGCAUGGAUUUAUUUUAUGUAUUUUUUUUAACGGAUUCAGCAGACCAUGUCCCUAUGUAUGUCAUAUGUUGUCGGUCCACAAUAUACUAUGGUAAAUGUUUGGAAAGCUAAGGGCGACAUGUAAGGGAGGUUAUCGGCCCUUAAAACAUGUGCAGUAUUAUGGUUAGACAUGUGAGUCCAGUCACUCGACGCUAUCCUUUUUGUAGAAAAUAUUCAUUAUUUCAGAGUUUGAUUUAUUUCAAGAAGGCUUUAAAUGAUAUUCUACAUAGAUGAAUUGAACAAGAUGUUAAUUUUUUUUUCUUGUAAAGCUCUCUUUUCAGAGAUUGACAGUGUCCCCUAAAAAUUCGGUUGGAGACUCUUUGUGCAUUGUUUGCCCUCUACAAUCCAUUAAAUGUAUUUUAGUGUUUUAGAAUAAAGCUUUAUAGAUGCAACGUGUAUUUUCCUCCCUAAUCUGAAACCUGCAAGCCAGAUCGAGAAGUUUGUAAAGAAAGGAUUUUCCGAUUUGGUCCAAACAAGUUGGUCCAAAUACGCUGCAGCAUCCAGACAUCAGAGUAAAUUAAAAAUUU